AUGGUUAAGACAAAUUUGUGUGAUGAUAAUGAAAAUGCACGCAAAAUAAUAAAUAAAAAAAUUAUUGAAAAAAAAUACGAAAAAAAUAAAAUCAUUGACAAUAAUUUAAAAUUUUGUAUUAAAAAUAAAUUUAUAAACAAUAAAAUAAUGAAUAAUUUAAAUGGAAUUAAUAGUAUUAAUAUAGAUUCAUUGAAUAAAAUAGAACGUGAAAUUAAAAACAAAGUAGAUGGAAAUGAUAUUUUGCCAAAUGAUGAAAUUAAUUAUGAAAUAUUCAAUGACAUUAGUAGAAAACUAAAUCAUCAAUUAAGCAGAGGAGUUGGUGACGAAUCUGUGAAAAGUUUAAUUACUCAAGUAAGUUAUAGUCAUCUUUUUACCUUAUUAAAAAAUAUUUUAACAUAUUUACCAUUUUCCAUUAAUGAUUAUCUUAUCGGCACAUUGGAAUUAAAAGAAGUUAUCGAUAGCAAAUACAAUACUUGUUUUCAGUUAUAUGACAAAAAAGAGCUAAUGAAAUAUAUAUAUGAAAAUGAAUCUAAAAAUUUGGUUGAUAGCAAAGUAUAUAAUUUAUUUAAAAAAUAUAAAAUGAUGAAGAAUAAAAAAGGACCAAUAAAUCAUCUGCAUAUUUUAAAUUUUAAAGAAAAUUCUAAAGAACCAAAUCUUGAAGAACUAAUAAUUGAAAAAUCAAGAAUUUUAAUUUAUAAGGUUCAUUCAUUUAUUGAAGGAAGAGAGCAAAAUUUAUCAUAUAUUUAUGAAAUUUGUCAUGGAUUAUCUUAUAAAACAGAAACCUUUUUAUUAUCCGUUUUUAUAUUUGAUUGUUAUAUGCAUAGAAUUAAUGAAAUGACUGAAAAAAACCAUUAUAAAAAAAUAAAACUUUUAGUAAUUAUAUGCUCUAUAUUAUUAGCAUUAAUAAAAACACAAAUUUUUAAUGGUACUAGUAUUAUGUAUUUAAAUGAUAUACUAGAAUUUAUAAAUAAAUUAAGAAACCAAAAAGUAAAUUACACGUGUAUAGAAAUUUCUAAUAAACAAAUGGAAAUAUUAAAAUUAUUACCUAUUAAUUACAAUAAUUAUUGGACAUACUCUGAUUUAACUUAUGUAUACUUCAUAAAUUUAAAAAAUUGUGCUAAAAAAUAUCCUGCUAUAAAAAUAUAUUAUAUUUUUUUAGAGCAUUUUGGUUUUUUAUAUUAUAUAUUUGAUGUUAUAUAUGCUUAUUCAAUGUACAUAACAGCAGUGGGCUCUUAUAAGCUUAUACCACCAAGUAGAAUUGUUUCUACUAUUAUUUUGUAUUUUACUAAUGCCUUUUAUAAUAGAAUGAGUAAUAGCAUACUUUUUCAAGAAAAAUUUUGCGAAGAAAUUUUUCAUAUACCUUUUGCUAAUGAUUUGUUUAUGUGGUCUUAUCUUUUUUUAGAUAAUUUUAUUUAUUUUUUUGAAAACUGUGUAAUACCGAAUAAAAAUUACUCAUCAAUAUACUCUAUUUUUUAUGAAACUGGGAGAAUGUUAAAUAUUCGGACAGUUUUUUGA